AUGAGAAUGACGGACGAGAAGGAUCUGAACGAGGUAUUGUGCGUGAAGAAUGUGGUGAAGACGAUGAAUGGGAAUGAGAAAAAUAAUGGUAAUUCGUUGGAAACGAAGAUUUACAAGAAACGAUGGCUGAUUCUGGGUUUAUUUAUCGUGUACACGGGAAUGAGCAACUUCCAAUGGAUUCAAUAUUCUAUAGUCAGCAAUAUAGUGAGCAGGUACUAUGGCGUCUCUUCAUUGGCUGUCGACUGGACAGCAAUGGCAUUUAUGGCUUAUUACCUGAUUUUCAUCUUUCCUACCACGUACAUGGUGAACCGAUGGGGGCUUAGAUGGAGUAACAUUAUAGGAUGUUGUAUCACGUGCUUUGGUUCGUGGAUUAAGGUUUUAUCUGUCAGUCCUGACAGAUUUUGGGUCACUUUCAUUGGACAAUCCUUGGUUGCUUCUACACAGACUAUAAUUCUAACGUUACCCGGACGUCUGGCAGCGCAAUGGUUCGCCGCCGACGAACUUUCCACGGCUACGUCAUUAAGCAUUUUUGGCAACCAAAUGGGGAUAGCUUUAAGUUUCUUAAUUACACCGAUAAUCGUGAAAAAUCACGAGAAUCUAGACGAUAUUGGUGCUGGCUUGUCGCAUCUGUUUUGGGGCGUAGCUAUCAUCUUAACAGUUGUGCUUAUAUUGAUCGUAAUACUAUUCGAGGACGAUCCAAAAAUACCACCGAGUAAAACACGAGCUCUUCAAAAAUUGAAUGAAAUGCAGGUCGAGGAAAGUUUGAUAGAACCAAUUAAGAGAUUGUUCAAGAACAAGUAUUAUAUGUCUCUUUGCAAUUCGUAUGGUUUGAGUAUCGGUGUUUUAAACGCCGUGGGAACAUUGUUGAAUCAAAUAUAUCUCGUGCAUUUCGAGAAUGGUGAGGAAGACGCGGGUAGAAUCGGUUUGGUCUUGAUCAUUACAGGGAUGAUAGGUUCUGUCAGUUUUGGAGUGAUUCUCGAUAAAACGCAUAAGUACAAGGAAACGGCUGUGGUCGUGUAUUUUCUCUCGCUCGGCGGCCAGAUAUUCUUUUCUACCUUCACGUUCCUCGAAAUGAAAUGGAUGGUGUAUUUGGGCUCCGUUUUUCUAGGGUACUUCUUAGUCGGAUAUGUGGCCUUAGGAUACGAAAUGUGCGCGGAAUACACGUAUCCGGAAUCCGAGGGGAUAACGGCGGGAAUUUUGAACGUGGCUGGAAACGUUUACGGGAUUGUUCUCAUUCUGAUAAUGGGUCGGUUGCUCGAGGUAUACGGGGAUAUUCCGGUGCACGUGGGCCUUUGUGUAGCACUGCUCAUUGGGUUUAUCAUGACCAUGCUGACGAAGGAUGUGCAAAGGCGUCAGGAUGCCAGAAAUAGUGUCCAUUAUGUCGGUGUUGAACAGAGUGAAAAGAGCAACGAGCGCAAUGGACUCGAGAAAAAUUGAUUCGCUCUUAAUUAUCGUGUAUUUUUUAUAUUAACAACGUGACAUUUUGCUUCAAAUAUCGAAUCUUGAGUAUAGGGGUGGAAGAGAUGUUGUAAGGUUAUAUGUAUAUAAUAAUGCCUGGUUAAAUAUAAUUGGAAACGGAUUGAUGCAUUUUGUAUUGAUUUCGUAGAAAUUGAGAGAG